CUGAUCGUCAUUUCCUGGGGCCGUUGAAGUGUUUCCGCACUGUUGUGUGUAUCUGUAUCUCUGAUAGAUUUCAGUCACUCUCGUUUUCCUGUGUUGCAGGGAAUACGCGCGAGGGGCCCCUGGGGUGGAAUAGAGCCAUCAUGGCUGCUGUUUACUCUGAAAAAGGUGGCACAUUGCAAGGAGAUAUUGGGGUACUUUCACAAGAAAAUAAGGAGGGUACUAGUAAUGUUGGUUUACCUACUCCCAGCAAGCCUAAACAAAUUAAAGCAGAAGACAUAGGUGCAUUCGUAGACUCAAGGCUUGGCCCAGCUACAUCUAAGAACCACGCCGAGAUUGUUGGGAUGAACGCCAUGCCACCUAUUAUAAUAAAAGAGGAGCAAAUCGAGGAUGAAGAAUAUGUGCAGAUAAACUUGAGUGAUAUCGCUGCAGGAUCCGAGGAGAGAGCUUCUGAUAAUGAAAAUGAGUCCGUUCAAGAAGCAAAUGUUGAUGGGGGGUGGCAAUUCCGCUGUGUGGAUUGUGGCGAGACCUUCGGGGACAAAGAGGUAUACCUGGAGCACCGUCGAGAGCACACCCACGACGGUCCCAUCGUGUGCCUGGACAGUGACUCUCAGUGGGACGACCUUCUCGUCUCUCAGGAUGGUGGCCGGCGGACUCUCUGCUGUGCCCUUUGUGGGCGCAAAUUUUCGAGUUCACGUGGCUUUUUCAGUCACCAACUGAAGCACCGUAAUCAGGCACUGAAGCACGGUCAGGAGAACAGCUAUGGACUGGGUGGCGUGAAGCAACGUUUUUAUGAGUGUGAAGACUGUGGUAAGACGUACUCUACCAUUGGUCAGUAUCUCAACCAUCAGCGAUCUCACAAACAGGCCUCAAAGUCUGUCUUUCAUCAGUUGGCAGACCUCAAGAAGAAGUCGUUCCAGUGCCCCACGUGUAGCCGCUGCUACUCUCGUGCUUCAGCCCUUGAUGCCCAUCGCCGCUGCCAUGAGGUGAAACUGAUCAAACCCCGAGCUGGUGGUACAGGGAAGGCACCAGUGGCUCAGGAACCUGCAAGUGAAAAUGAAGGUUCUGACCAAGCUGCUGAGGCAACAGAGGAAAGCCAAAAAACUCCAUAUGCUUGUGAAUGUGGCCGAUCUUUUCGCACAAUGUGUGGCUUAAGCACGCAUCAACGCUUCAGCCAUACAUGCAACCCCACUGUUGUUAAAGUAAUCAAGGAGGAAUGUAAGCUACCUUUUAAGUGUUCCCAGUGUGAGAAACAGUUUGUGAGCCCAGUGGCGCUGGCGUGCCAUGAGCGAUGGCACAGAAGGCGCGACAUGAUUCGCAGUAGUGGCGUCUCCCUGACUUGUGAGGAGUGUGGCAAGUCUUUUACCUCACUCACCUUCUUCCACAAGCAUCAAAGACUGGCUCACAGUGAGGAGGCUCCUGCAAAGUCUUUCCUUCAUCAAGUGUGUCAGCUUCAGAAAAAGUCAUUUGAAUGUCAGGAUUGUGGACGGCGGUUCUCCCGAGCCUCAGCUCUCCAGUCUCAUCAGCUUUGCCACACAGAUGUCUACGGUGACAUAGAAACACCAGCUCAAACAUCUGACGCAAGCCCUCCGUCGCCUCAAAAGCUGUACCUGUGCGACAAAGUGAAAGCUGCAAACUUUGCCAUUGGAGCAAUGGUUUAUUCACAGGACAAUACAGAAGUGUCAACUGACCUCAACAGCAGUGAGGUAGAAGAGGAGAAUGAGACGGCGGACCUAAAUGUAGAGGUGGUUAGUGUAACUGCCUCGGAUGGCUCACUAUUCGGGAGUGAUGAUGAGCUAGAUCAGGACCAAAACCCUGAUCUGGAAUUGGUGUGUGAAUCUGAUGCUGACGAAGGAGACGAGCUGCCUUCAAGUCCAACACAAGAUGAUGCACCCACAUCACCACCACAACAUUAUAAACCUGAGGUCAAUGUGAAAAUUGUAAAGGUCAACUUUGCUCACGUUACUGACCAAAAUGUCAAGGAAAAGGGCUUGUUCAGAAGCGUGCCUCGAGAGCCUGUGAAUUUUGAAUGUCCGGAGUGUGGCAGAAAGUUUGAAAGUGCUGGUGGCCUACGCUGCCACAGGCUGUGGCACAGGGGUGGGAUGGGGAAGAAAGCAUGCAUUAAGAGAAAGAUUUCUCCCACCAGCUCUGUAGUGAAACGCCACUUUAUCUGUGAAAUUUGUGGCCAUAAAAGUUACUCCAAGCCUGCUCACAAUGCUCACCUGGGCAAACAUGAGGAGAGAACCGCGUACAAAUCCAUCUCAUACCAACUUGCUGGGCUUAAAAAGAACAGCUUUAAAUGUGAUGAGUGUGGGAUGCGCUUUUCUCGACUCUCUGCCCUACACUCGCAUCAGCAACAUCAUAACAAUGAAAAGAAACCAUUUGCAUGCAAGAACUGUGACAAGAGUUACUCCAAUGCCAGUGGGCUCUACAAUCAUAAAAAGUCGUGUUAUCCUGGAAAAGUUGUUAAGAAAGACGCAGGGCCUGAGGUAAAAAAAGAGACUUUUAAUCCAAAGAAAAAUCUUCUUGGCCCAAAGGUUCACCACUGUAAGCGAUGUGGGAAGAGUUUUUGGUCUCUUGGAGCCUUGACUCAUCACAAACAGUACCAUACACAUUGUACCACGGCUGAGCCCGAGUCCAGUCCCCCAGUUAAUGGCCGUCCCCGCAGAGUCUCCUGCCCCAUUUGUGGGCUCAAGUUUCGUAAAAGGGGUAGUUUGGCAUGGCACAUGCAGCGACAUAAACAAAAGAAGAAAGAGGUACAUACUUGUGGAGAAUGCGGCAAGUCCUAUCGCUUGCUCACCUGUUUCCUGAAGCACCAGCUUAUACACGCAGGUGUCCAGGAUAAUCCUCCAGCAAUCAAGUCUUUUGAUUUUCAGGUAGAGCAGGUAAAAAAGAAUGCAUACAGCUGCACGGAAUGCGGGAAACUCUUCUCCCGUGCGAUGGCGCUCCAGUUCCACAUGAAAAGUCAUGGGUACGAAACUGGCUUUUCAAAGUCCCAAGCCAAGGAAGGGUUGCAAUGCCCAACCUGUCUUAAUCAAUUUCAAAAUGAAGCAAUGUUAGAAAACCAUCAGAAGAGUUGUGGAAAAACAAAAGAUGAUAAGGGCGGUGAGGUGCCAAUCACAGAAAGUGCAUUGAAGUCAGAAGCAAAAGUUUUGCCAGAGCCCAAAACAGCAGAUCUGAAAUAUAAAUGUGUGGACUGCGGAAGAAGCUUUGCUGUUGUUGGAGCACUUAAUUUUCAUAAAAGAAUCCAUCUUAAGAGUCACACUAGUCUGGUCAAAACAAAAAUUUCCAGACUUAGUCGGGUGGCAAAAUUGACAACAGAGCAGAAAGCUGGCAAGUAUCCAUUUACUUGCUCUGAUUGCGGCAGACAUUUUACGAAUAAUUCUGCUCUAGGAACUCACAGGCGAUGGCACACUGAUAAAAAAUUUGCUGGAUUUUUGUCAAAAGAGGAGAAAACUUCUGUUACAAAAUCUGUUGACAAUGGGCCAUUUCUUUGUAAUCUCUGUGGCAAGGGAUUCUUUUAUUUAUGUGUUCUUCGCCGGCAUCAGAAACACCACCCCCCAAUCGAAGCCAAUCCACCCGAAAAGGCCCACACGGCAGACAUGGUCUCUGAAUCAAAGACUAGCCCCUCAGCAAGCUCUUUAGCUUGUCCAGAAUGUGACAUGACCUUUUAUGGAGGAACGCAGUUGGCUACCCAUUUUGAAAUGUACCAUGCCACUUCUGAAAAAUCAUCCCCUCAUGUCCCUUCCCCCAAAGUCCCAUCAGGUCAGACUGGCAUGCCAGCCAAUGCCCCAUCAAAUACCAGCCCCUCAAAAAAGAACAGCUUGAAACUAAAAGUUCACCAAUGUCCCCACUGCCCAAAGAAUUACCCUAAAAUCAGAGGUUUGCGAGCCCACAAAUGGCAAGCACACAGGAAACCAAUUAAGCCCGUUGUGCCCCUGAAGCCCUUCCCUUGCCCUGAUUGUGAAAAACGGUACAGUUCUCAGGGAGCCCUUUACAAUCACCGAAAGACCUGCAAAGCAGUAAAGGUAGAGGCCCCCAAACCCCCAGUCACAAAAGUGAAAGUUAAAGUGGAAGAGACUCCUGUUUCACGCAGGCCUGUGGAGCUGGUUAGCAAAUGCUUUUUUAAGUGCCACAAGUGUGGAAAAGCUUUCCCCAGUGAGGAGCAGCUAAAGGCUCACAAGGAUGUAGCAAAGACUCGGCCUUUCUGUUGUGCUCUCUGUUGCCGUGGCUACUGGACAGAAGCCCAGCUGCAGCAGCAUCUCUCCUGGCACGACGAGGUUCGUAAAAGGCUGCCCACUGAACUCCGAUACAGGCUCAGUACCUCAGUCUCCUCCGGGCUCAAGCCUAAACCUCAGUCCUCUCUGCCCAGCCCAGAGAAACACUCGCCGCCGCCUCCUCAAGUCAAGCAGUACCUAGCAAAACCUGUCGCACCUCCCCGCCAGAAGGGGCACAAGUGUCAGCACUGUGGCAAAUCUUUCCUGUCCCCCCUGGCCCUGCAGCAUCACCAGGCUCAGCACAAGACUAACCUAGCCCAACCCACUUACCACUGCACUCUAUGCCCCCUCACCUUCACUGAGAUUCGAGAGCUCAUUGAUCACCACCAGGAAUGCAUGGGUGAUAAAGAACGGAAAGAUUCCGAUUCUGGUCCACCCACUAGAGACGGUGACGGCUUGACGUGCAUCGAGUGUGGAAUGUCCUUUGGUCAAGAGACUGAGUUGCAUCAGCACUACAUUGAACAUGCACGUGGAGAAUACUGAUUGAUUGAAGAUAUUAAAAGAAUGUCCUGGGGUUAAGAAUGAAUGUUUGUAUGAAGACACUAUGAUUUAGAGGAUCCAGAGUUGAUCUUCUGUCCAAAAACAAGUUCUGUAUUGAGACAUGCCGUUUUCUAUAUGUGAAUAAUGUGACUGCAGGUUUCACUAUGGGAAGUCAAUGUUUGUUUCUCAGGCAAAUUUCUGUUGCGCUGGAUGUAAAGUCCUUAGUUGAAAUCAACAUUUCCUGUGUAGUGAUCAGUUCUUUUUUUUCCUUUUUUUUUUUUUUUUUACAUGCAACACAUUUGUCAAAUAAGUGAUUAUAGAUAAUAAGGUGCUCCAUAUGGCCUUCACAUUAUCCAGGCAUAACCACAGAGAAAGCAUCACUCAAAACUAUUCUUCAAUGGAAGACAUAUGCAACUGUACCCAUAAGAACCUUAUGUUGGGAUACUCAUGUAAACUUGGUGCGUUUGUGCUUUUUCUACCCCUCUGUGAUUAGUACUACUAACUUUAUAUACUUGAUAUCCCAUCAGGUUAUUUUUAUUCAUUUUACCCCCCCUUCCCCCCUCAAAUGAUUAACACUACCCAUGCUCUGUUGUUAGUUCAAUACUAGGCUUGUAAUGUUUGUGUUUGAUAUUAAUAAUGUUCUGUUAUUGCUGAUUUAAAAGAGAAAUGAUUUUUGUUUGUGUUGAUUUGAAAUCAUUAAAAAAAAAUUCUAGAGUAAUUAUAGCGGGUAAGUCUGUAUCCAUUUUGUUUAAGUUAGUGAGCAUUAGGUUGUUUCUUACCUCAAACAGGUUUUCUGUACACUGCUGCCACCUAGUGGGGUAGAUGCAACACAAUCUAAACUCUUGGUGAAAGCUAGAAUUAAAGUGAAGUCCUUCCAUGAAUAGAGGGUCUGAUACCCAGUGGUGAAGAAUAGCAUCUUCAUUCCUUAAGAUUUGAUGAGAUAUAGUUGUGUUAACAUUUUUUGUGUUGAUUUGUCAUUCUUUUAUUGUUUUAUUUUGUUUUGUCAUAGAUUGAGUUACUUAUGUAGUUAGGGGUGAGUUACUGGUUUGCAGCAUUAACUCUGGGCUUAAUAGUCAAAAUGGCCAAAAAACACAAGCUUGUUUCAUGAAACUGAUGGCAAAUUAAUAAUAACAAAAAGCGACAAGAGAUGUAUGUUUGUUACUAUUGUGGAUCCGGCAAUUAUUUAAUUACAUUUUUUUUGCCAGUUCAGUGAGACUGGAAUCUUUGCACUGUGUGUCUCAUAUGCACACCUUGUUUGAAAUCUCCUCGCUUAUCUGGUAUAUUCCCCCCACCGUAGAAGUGUACUUUUAUCUGAAAUCCCCAUAAAUUAAGUGUGACCAUGCAUUGCAAUGAAUUGGUGGACUGCCCUACCUAGUGACUGGUUAUGUGGCAUUUGUUGCCAAUUUUGUGCUUUGGUGUUGAUUAGUAUGACAGUGGUCAUAAAAUUGUCAUUUGUAAAUAAUUUCUGACAACCACUUAAAGGAAUAUACACUCGUCAUUAAAUUAUUUCGGUUUUUCAGGUAGAGUUGAGUACAUAUUUCUCCCUUGGUUCUGGUACACCAUUUCUUAAACUAGCUAAACUAACCUCAGUACUUUCACUUAAAUAUCAUCAAAUAUUAGGCUUUAAAGAACUGAUAUUCUUGGAAAGAAAUUGGCUGAAGCUCUGCUGGGCUAAUGCUUAGAAAAUCAACGCUUGCUUUGAAGUUUUAUAAUUCUUCAAAACCUGAUCAUAGACUUGUCACUUCAGACCAGAAAUACACACCAUGUAAUAUGAAGUCUAAUGGGUUUUAGGGACAAGUUCCAUGUUUUUGAAUCCCAAAUGUAAAAAUGCAUUGGUUUAUUGAGUGAUCUCUACUAGGCUACUACUUUUAACUAUCCUGAUUGUAUGCAACGCCUAAAUAAAGCACUAAGAUAUUCA